AUGAUCUAUGUACCCCAAAAGAAAUUAUUCGAAGUUACGAACUCGUUGAGCAAGAAGACGGGAAGGAAGACGUGGUAUGCGCCACUAACUGGCAAAAGCUCUUCGGCAGCGGGAGGACGAGCCCAAAAAUCUAGCGACAUGACAUCUUCCCGCUCAUUAGUCCUCAUGCUAAAAUGCACUGAUGUAACCGUAGAGGAAUCCAAAAUCAGGAAUAAUGCCACGAGGAAUCGUGACGCUAUCGUGAACGCUAGAAGGGAAAUCCUACCUCGGGAUUAA